GCAGGAUAAAUACGGGGGUCGUUGCUCUUGAACUUUAGUGCAAAAUGGCUCCGUUGAAGUUUUGUGCGAACAUUUCCUGGCUGUUUACGGAACUCCCGGACUUCACCAAGAGGAUCUACGCGGCUGCUGCGGCUGGAUUUCAGGCUGUAGAGGCAGCUUGGCUCUUCGACUCAGAUCUGCAAGAGCUUCAAAAAGCCCGAGACGAUACAGGAGUGGAGGUGGUCCUUCUCAACACCCCGCCUGGAGAUGUAAAGGCAGGUGAACUCGGUCUUGGCGCAGUUCCUGGUAAAGAGGCUGAGUUCAGACAGGGUCUGGAUCUGACUCUGAAGUAUGCGAAAGCUUUGAAAUGCAACAGGAUUCACCUGAUGGCCGGGAGGAUUCCUGUGGACUCUGAGAGGACAGCGGUUGCCAAGGAGAUGGAGGCCGUCUUUGUACAGAACCUGUACUACGCUGCUGAUGUCUUGUCGAAGGAGGGAAUGACUGGAUUAAUUGAGCCAAUCAACACAAGGAUCACAGACCCCAGGUAUUUUCUGGACUCACCUCAUCAGGCGGCUGCAAUAGUGGAGAGGGUUGGAAAGCCAAACAUCAAGCUGCAAAUGGACAUCUUUCACUGGCAAAUAAUGGAUGGAAACCUGACACAAAACAUGCACAAGUAUUUUCCCAUAAUCGGACACGUUCAGAUUGCUCAGGUUCCAGGCAGGAAUGAGCCCGACCGUCCUGGAGAGCUAAACUACAGCUACCUUUUCAACACACUGGAAAACCUUGGCUACAAUGGAUAUGUUGGCUGUGAAUACAAGCCACUGGACUCUACAGAAAAGGGUCUGGGAUGGAUCAAAGAAUACUGGACACAGAGACGGUGAUGAUCACACAUGUGAAGCAGCUUAAUGGCUACUACUACUUGGACUUGGGUUCAAGUUUGGUCUUUUUUCACUUUCCUUUGACUUUUUUCGAAUUCCUGCAGCCUUGAAUUUUGCCCAACAAAAGCAGUUAGCCACAAAAAUGAACCCACUGACAGGUGAAGUGUUGCUACGAAGUUCCUCUAGGACACUUUGGGUCUUGAUACGUGUGAGGACCUUACGUUGAUACAUACCACCCUAUGCAAACUUAGCUGCAGAUAAGGCAACAUCGCAUGGGUACAGCCUCACCUAGCAGGACCGUGAACGCAAGACUGAAAGUCCCAGUCCCUAGACUGGACUGGGACUUUAGCAUCUGCGGGAUGGACCAGAACAAACCCAGUUUGUGGAGGUGCCACAGCAGCAACUUCUACUUUCUAAGAGUCCUAAAUGCUUUUUCUUUCUGCACUUGUGCAUUUAUUUCAGGACCAAACAGGCUAAAUGUUAGCUUACUCGUUCAGUGACAUCAGAGAUUCAGUUCGGCCAAACUGUUUAAUCAAGUCUGAAGGCUGGAGCUCUGCAGAAAGUCAAAGCCUUGCUUUUAAAAAUCAGCUAUGCAGGAGAGUUAAUGUUGAUCCAACCCUUUGGUUAAAACAGAAUGUGUUAGAAAGAGUCUUCAGUCUUUACCUAAUGAGUUGAUGUUCUCUUAUUUGAUGAUGGACAGAUGUUACAAACAACUUUAUACCCUCAAAAUUAAAACUAUGAUGCUUAGAUGGUCCUGAUAUUGCUGUAAUUUACAUGUUCUCAUCUGAAAUAAUAAAUCUAUACCCAUA